AGGGCAGGACUCGAGUCAAAGCUAGCCAUUCGACUGUUCAAUAAUUUGUUCCCUCUCUAGUACGAUACAGAGAAUAUGUAUAAUUAGCAUGUCGGGUACCUCAUUUUUGGACAGACCGCUCCUCAAAGUCAGUCGACCUGUGGCUGCUUGCUCAAGAUGUCGAACGGCCAAAAUCAAAUGUGACGGGAAGCUUCCGGCCUGCUCGGCAUGCGAACGGGUUGGUAAAGCGAGCACCUGCUCUGGCGCAAGUGACGAAUUUGCCAGAGGAAAAGAAAGAAGCUAUGUCGCCUCUUUGGAAGGCUACUGCGAAAGACUGGAAAAGAAAAUUGCAGAUCUUCGUCGCCUGAAAUCAUCAUUAUCUGUGGAUGAAAGGGGUGUCGCCCAUCAAAGUUCAAUCACAUCUAUCUCCUCAGCAGGUACUGUCGCACAGGAAGGUGGCAAAGAAGUCACUGACAUCGAUGACCUCGUGGGUGAUUUUGGCUUCUUGUCUGUCAAUGCGACUUCGAGAGACUUCCAUGGGAUUACUUCGAAUACUUCUUUCGCCAACCUUCUUCUGUCCCUGUCACAAGCCGAGUCAAUACCAAGACUACCGGCGCAGUCAUUACCGCCGCGCAAUGAAAUACUGCACUUACUACAACAUUAUUUCGACAACAUCUACAUACAGCUUCCAUUCUUCGUCGAAACGAGCUUCUGGACCUCUGUAGAUGCGGUCUACCAAGCUGGGGGGCGCUUUGCCAAGCCUUUUGACAAGUGGAUCUUGCAUAUGGUCUUAGCCACUGCGUCUGCGUCUAUGUCCCUCAAAAUCGGCGAUAGCAGUCAUCGCAGAGCGUUAUCUCAUAUUUCAAUGGCAAUGGCCCAAGCCGAGGACGUCAUCCGCCCCGGUACUAUAGCCGGUAUCCAGUCAAUCCUACUACUUGCCCAAUAUUCCUUGUUCGACCCCCAACAUUUUCGCAGCUGGUACCUGGUAGGGAUGGCUGUUAGAGCGGUGGUCGACCUAGGCCUACACCAGGACCCGCCUUUGGAUGUUCAGUCAGCCUCAGAGCAGCUGGACCUGCGCCGCCGUGUUUUCCAUUGUGUUUACUGCUUGGACAGAGGAAUAAGCACUGCCUUUGAAAGAACCUUCUCGUUUUCAGACGAGUCCGUCGAUGUUGCUUUGCCGUCUUCUGCCACAUCCUUAGGGGCUUCGCUAACCGAGAAGAGCCAUAUAUUCUUACGGAGCUCGGAGCCUGCGUGGCACAUUGUCAGAAUCCGCCAGAUACUGUCUGAGGGCUACCAGAGAAAAUAUUUCCACGAACACGAGACUUCUUUUCAAGCUCCGGCCUCGACGUGGGCUCUCUGCUCAAAAGCAUAUGAGUGGUUUGGUAAAAUCCCAAGUAAUAUACCAAAUCACUUCCCUAUCCUGUACCGGUUGGAGUUAUCAUACACGAUCGUCGUGAUUCUUUCUGCCGGCGACGAACAGACCGCACUGUGUGAUUACAGCAAAAUUGUUCUGUUCCAUUGCUGCAUGCAGUACAUUAACGAGCUUUAUGAGGUGCUGAAAACCCCUACCUGGUUGCCUUUGAUGACCUUCCUGGAUAUCCAGAGGACGUACCAAGUUGGUCGACGAUUCAUACGAGAUGUAACAGAGAACCAGGACCUUCUCUUGGACCCGUCGAUACCCGCAUUACCCCCCAUCCCUCCGGAGACCCCGGAACAGCUGAUUUUGAGUGGUGAAGAUUGUAUGAGCUUUUACGCGCGCGCCUCGGAAUGUCUUUUGCAGAUCAAUAAUCUCCUCCAAUAUGGUGCAAGCAAGUGGGGAGCGACCGGUAUAUUUGGAGAAUUCCAGCAAAUGUCCGAACCCGCUCGGAGCCGUCUUUUACAUGCAUCGAACCCAUACCUGGCCGGUUCUACAGCCUAUAUGGCUGGCUACUCUACGAUGGUGCCUGCAGGAACAGGAUACCUAGGCUUUGACAUUGGAUAAAUUGGCUCUCGGCGAGGGCCAAGGCAAGGGAUGUCUGCUUCAUGAGUCUCCAAUAAUGCCUUAUUUCAUGCCCCUGUGUUUUGGUAAUAUU